GGAGGCGGCAGCGGCGGCGGAGGGGGGCCUGGGGCUGGUGGCUCAGGAGGAGCUGCUGCUCCUUUUCACCAUGGCUUCCCUGCACCCGGCCUUCUCCUUCCACCAGAGGGUCACGUUCAGGGAGCACUUGGAGCGGCUGCGGGGAGCCCUCUGCCGGGGUGAAGACGAGAACUUUUCCCAUAACUGCAUGCCAACAAGUGAGAGCAGUUUACUUGAACAAAGGGCAGGAGUUCAUGAUAAACUUAUGGUGGCCACUCACAGACCACAGCAAGAAGCUGUACACAUUCAGAAAAUAAUGCUGAAAGGAGUCCCUAGGAAAAGAUCUGAUAAACAUUUGGAGUAUACUUUCAAAGUAAUCUGGUCUGAUCAUUCUGUAUCCUCUGUAACAAAAACACACCAGGAACUGCAAGAAUUUCUCUUAAAGAUAUGAUGCAGCACCCAGUUAUUCAUAAGAAACAUAAUGGGAAAUGUCCUAUUGCUAACACUAUUAACACCAGAUGUCCCUCACUGGAUGGUUUUGACGUAGCACACGGUGAAUAUAAUGGUGUAGCUGUAGCAGACUGGAGGAGAAAGGGCUGGGCUCUGCAGCAGCAUCCAGAGCAUUGCACAAUACUUGAUCAGCAUGCGGGAGAGAAAAAGAAUUUGCCUGUAUUAAACAAAAAAAAAGGAAAACAGCAAUCAGAAAAAGAUAAAAUAAAGAGGACUGAUUCCAGACUAACCAUGAGAGCCAACUAUGUAAGAGUUGCAGAUGCUCAUCACCUGCAUCCAGGAACAGUAAAAGAUUCAAAUUUAGACAUUACAAUUGGAAAUGACACAUGUGGAGAAACCUCUUCAGAGAGUUACAGUUCUCCUUCUAGUCCACGGCAUGAUGGAAGGGAAAGUUUUGAAAGUGAAGAAGAAAAAGACAGAGACACAGACAGCAAUUCUGAAGAUUCUGGGAACCAGACUGUGCUGCGGUUUACUGAAUAUGGUGCUACGGACUUCAAUAAGGCACUGACACAAAUGUCAGUGACAUCAAACAAUAAAAACACUGUGGAGGAUCCUUUGAGUUCACAGUUUCAACACAUUUCAUUUAUGCCUGCCCUGCACUGUGUCGUGCUCAAUAGUGCACAGAAGCCCGAAACUGUAGUGCCACCACCGAUAUCUGCUGAUGGGAAAACUUUGGGAAUGGUAGUUGCUAAUUCCGCUCCGGUUGGAAUGGGAUCUUCGGUUGAAUCCGAGAAACACAUCGAACUUAUGUCUUCCCCUUUGCCGGCCACCUUUUUCCCAUCCACGGUCCAGCCUGGUAGCCCUGCAUUGCAGUUAGGGAUGCACAGAAUGAAAAUAUCUUCCCCGCAGGCAUCUGAAAAUUGUGGAGUUAACGUACCCCAGCAACAAACUGGAAGCUUAAAUAUUGGAUCACCAAACACUGCCUUUAUUCCAGUCCACAGUCCAGGUAAUUUUACAGGAACUCCUCUUCCAACAGCAGAUCCAGUCCCAAAAUCUGUAUCGCACGUGAUGGGCUUAAAUCAAAUGGUGCCUCAUGUUGACGGAAACACAGGAGUCAUCCCUCAGCCUCCGAAUCUGAAAGUAGUGGUUCCUGCAACUGGGCUCUCCACAGCACUUCCACCAGCUCCUUUUACCGUACCGGUAACUCUUCACGCUACCAACGUUUUGCCUAAUCAAAGUACGACAGUGCUGAAUACUGUGGCAUCCACACCACCAGCUCCAACCACAGGCCUUUGUGUUAGUCAAGUGCAGCCCACUAUCCCUCCUGCAAUACCGACCCACACUCCUGGUCCGGCACCUAGCCCGAGCCCAGCUUUGACACACAGCACCGCCCAGAGCGACAGCACCUCCUACAUUAACGCCGUUGGGAAUACUAACGCAAACGGGACCCUGUUGUCCCCGCAGCAGCAGCAGCAGCAGCAGUUGGGGCCUUGCGGCUCGUGCGGCCGUAGGUGUAGUUGCGGCGCCAACGGAAACAACCUCCAGAUCAACAGCUACUUUUACCCCAAUCAAAUCCAAGGUCAAGUCUACAGAGUCUCACCUUUCUUCCACCUGCCCUUUUGCAAUGGGAGCUACCUCAGCCAAGGACAUCAGGCCAACGGGACGCAGAUCCCGUAUUUCUUCUCUCGGGGGCCCUACUCAAUGCACGAGCCCGUGAUGGGGAGCCAAAUCAACUAUGGUGUGCAGCAAAUGGCAGGAUACCGGGGGUUUUAUCCUGUGUACCAAGCUUCAAAUGUAGUUGCCAGUUCUAAUGGAUCAGGUCCCAAGAAGACUGGGAAUGUGUCCUGUUAUAAUUGUGGUGUUACUGGGCACUAUGCACAGGAUUGUAAGCAGUCAUCCAUGGAAGCCAAUCAACAAGGCACUUACAGAUUGAGAUAUGCACCUCCUCCCCCACCCCCUUCUAAUGAUACGUUGGAUUCCGCUGACUGAAACCAAGUAAAACAUUGCCUACAUACCAAAAUGAAGUUUGAGAAAUCUGGGAAAUUCUUUGGAUUUGAGAGAUUCUUUGUGUGUGUUUAUGUUUUGUUGCAAUUUUUUUUUUUUCAUUGCUUGUGAACAUCUGUUCUGAUAGAAAAGAAGAAAGCAAUUUUACUCCUGGUCUGACUUGCAUAAAGCAUGUUGCUUGUCUCAGCCAAUCGUUCAUUUGAAUUAAUUGACUUUUGCACUGAGGACUUGAGAGAUGCGAUGUUUACUGCAUUUUUUUAAAAGGUCAUUUAAUCUCCAACUACACUGGUGAACAGCCAUAGGGUUAAAAGGAGGAACUGGGUUUAUGUUCCCAAGUGACGUUUCCCUUCUCUUGUCUUAAUGCUGCUAGUCUCCUUAUCCUUGCUGAGUCUACCUGUCUCCAUGGGAUUGGGCAGAUAAUCAGCUCAUUAAUUCUAGUAAAUCCUACAUUUGUGAAUUGAUGGAGGUAUUGCUUACUCUCCUUGAGAGAGAUGACCAUUUACAAUACACACACACAUAUAUAUAUAUAUACAUAUAUAUAUAUACGGUUCUUUAAUGUGCCUGUAUGUGCUAAAAUUGGAUGAGGAACAUUUAAAAUGAUCUUUAAAAUUUCUGAAAUAGAAAUACAUUGAACAAUUUCACAUUGGUUUGCAGUUCUUUUUAAAACCUGUUCGGUUCAGAGUAAAAAAUUAAAAUGAAUGCCUUAGCUUAUGUCUGCAUUUGUAAUGGAUAUUGGCAGCAAGUAUCUUUAUUAACCUUUCAACCUUGUCAGUAUAAAAGACACACAAAUGGGGUGUUAAAAUGUUUUUAACAUUACUCCCCUGAAGUUACUACAGUGUUGUGUUUAGAAUGUACAUGGUAUAGCAUUUUGGACAAAAACCUUGUGUGUGUUCUAAAAAUCUGUUGAAUAAUUUGUAUGCUAGAAAAAGUCUUACCAAAUAGCAAUGUCACUUUCUUAUGACAAUUUACCACUGUGUGAUCACAAUAUAAUGUGAAAAAUUCCAAUGAGUGUGAAAAAUUGAUCAUGUUAGUGUCAUAUUGCUAACUUUAUUGCUGCUGUAUUUUAUUUCUCAAAGCCAACUUGUACUAAAUUGCACUGAGUUUAUCUGGAAGAAAACUUUUGACUGUUUAAAUCAACACUGAACUGCCACCGUAUAUGUGUAUCUCCAUGUACCACAAUUCAUUAAAAUGUAGAUUUUACUUUUUUAAAAAAUUUAGAUAUGCAGCAGAUAAAUACCGGUCAGAACAUUUGAUUCAUUCUAAUGGCUAAACAAACUUGAAGAAACUUGAUUUAUUACAUUUAUUCAUAGAUAGCAUUUAUAUUUAUAGCACCAAUAUAUUUUGAAAGUAAAGAAUAAAGGGGUAGAAGAGAGCUUUAAUUUAAAAGAAAUUAGUAUAGGAAAUUAUUUUGGUUAAAAAUUAUUUGCGCUGGGUAUGUUGGACCAUAUUUAAGUAAAAUGACUGCUUCUGAGUUCAAUAAAGGUGUAAAAGCACCUUGAACUUGUAUUCUCAAUUAUCUUCCAGUUUACUUUAUGGAACUUAUUUUGUGAUUUAAGAUACUGUACUGUAAAUGGGAAGUAUGUUGCCUUCCUCUUUAUUUGUAUGUUUACCCCAUACUUUGAUAUUUCAAAUGUUAUGUACUGGAAAGGUCACUUAUAUUUCUAGAACAGAUUGGAUUUUAUGCAGCAUUUUUCCUUGAAUUAACAGCAAUAAAAACAGAAAAAAAUCGUA